UCAUAUUUUUUUAUUAUGGCGCUUUUUAAAACUGCAUUGAGUUUAGAAGAAGCACACAAUUUUAUUAAAGACCAUGAACUUGAGUAUAUAGUUCGAUUUAGUACAUCUUUCUCUACCAAAGGCUUUGGAAAUACAGAUCUAAAGGAAAAAAACCACAAAGUAUUUUGGUCAACAGAUUCCAUUGAAUUUUCUGGUUUACCAUUUAUGAUGAUUGGCACAAAAAUACUUGAUUGUCAGAAUGGACGUGACAGAAACUUGAAUCUGAAAGAAUUUAACAAGCAAAAGAGAAAAGCAAUAAACUUUGAUCAUGACUACAAAAGAAAAUAUACUCGCAUACAAGAUUGCAAAAAGUUUGAUUGUCCAGCACAAAUUAGUAUAACAGAAUACUUAGAAUUUCCAGAAUAUAAGCUUACAGUGGAUACUGUCAGAAAUAGGAAAGAAAAAUCAGAAGAACUUCGGUAUGCAUUAACAUCAUUAGCAAAUAAGGAAAUCAACAAAAUAAGAAAGUUUUGUAUUGUUAUACCAGAUAUUUUAUCACACAACGGUCACAUGGUUGCCAAGGAUUCUGGCAUUUCACAAAGAAUUGACCCUGAACUGGUAACUGCUAUUGACUUAUUUGUUAAAGAAGGUGUAUUAAGCACAAAAGAAAUGAAGCGUCUAUUGAAUAUUCAAGUUAAAAACAAUUUCAAUAAACCUGGACAUGUUCUCCCAGAAACUUUAAAUAAAAGAUUUUUCCCUCGCAAUUCAACCAUUCAAAAUCAUAUUGCAUUUUCUAGGAGAAAGUUAUGUCAAUCUCUUAUAGAUCAAGAAAGUCUCCAGUUGAAGAUUAAAAAAUGGAAAGAAGCAGAUCCUGCUAUACAUAUAUUCUUUAGACCCAAAGGUUUAUAAUGAUCUUUUUAUGAAAAGUCUUUCAACAAAUUUUCAGCCGAGAACCAAGAGGCUGUAUGUCCACAAUUUGUGUUUUUCAAGAUUAUUAAAAAUCGCAUUAAAAAUAUGGAAAUAAAAUAGAUUAAAGAAAUGGUUUUCAAAUUAACUUAAAUAUACCUAUAAAGAUAAAUAAAAUGACAUUUAUUUAAUUUAAUGAUUUGACCACGUUUUUAUUAGCUCGUUUUCUUGUUUGUUUGUUUGUCCGGGUGGAAUUUUGCAACUCAAUUUUAACCCACUUUUCGAUUAGCUAGAGCUCUGAAACUUUUACUAUAGCUCAGAACCCGAUGACAAUGCAAUAUUAUACUACUUUUACCAUGAUUUGCUGAGUUUCUUGAACAAUUUCAGCAAAAUAAAAUUUAUUAUGGUGAAACUUUUGGAGGCGUCGCCGCAAUUUGACGCGUCGCUUUAAAUAAAAAAAUUUCAAACAAAAAAACCAAAUUUAACUGUCGCUGUGAUUCUAAGUGGACCGCAGCAUAAAAACAAAAUCAGUUGUUUACAAAAUAUAAAAAAUAAUAAAAUUAAAAAUUGUAAAAUUUGUGAAAUUAAAUGAUUUAGUGGAAUAAUAAAGUGAUAAAGUGAUUAAUAGUGAAUAAUAGAAUGAAAGAAAGUGAAGAAAGGCGAAGAAAAUUUAAGAUUGAGGAAAAAAAGGGCUGGAAAAAGAAAAAAAUUCCACCCAUCAAAAACUAAAAAGAAGAAAAUGAUGUAACAAAUAAAAAAACUUUUUAUAAAACCACGUUUUUGUAAUGAACUAAAUAGUAGAAAAUAGUUUUCUCUUGUGGCUAUAGAAAUUUUUGAAAAUUAAUUGAGUCGAUAAUAAGUGACAUGAAAACUUUUG